GUGCUGCGCGGCGAUGGAGGCGGUGGAGCGGUGCGCGUGCGUGGUGCGGGGCUGGGCGAGGCGGGAGCGGGCGCGGCGCUGUCUGCCCUGGGCGCUGGCGGGCGGGACGCUGGCCGGGUCGCUCGUCAAGGAGCUCGCCCCGCUGCCCGAAUCCUAUCUCAGCCACAGCGCCAACGUCCUCAACCGGUAUUUUGUGAAAAUGGCCUGGGGCUGGACGUUCUGGCUCCUGCUGCCCUUCAUCGCGCUGACCAACUACCACCUGACGGGCAGCGCCCGGACGGUCCUGCGGCGCCUGAGCUCGCUGCUGGUGGGCACGGCCGUCUGGUACGUCUGCACCCGCUUCUUCUCGCAAGUCGAGCACUUCACCGGCGGCUGCUACGCGUCGGCGGCCCCGGACGAGGCGGCCCGCAAGGAGCCGGGGGCCAGCAAGGAGCAGUGCCGCGGCGGCGGGGGCUUCUGGCACGGCUUCGACAUCUCCGGCCACUCCUUCCUGCUGUCCUUCUGCACGCUGGUCAUCGCGGAGGAGAUGGCCGUGCUGCGCGAGGUGAAGACGGACCGGGGCCAGGGCCUGCACGUGGCCCUCAGCCUCCUGGUGGUGGCCCUGGGCUUCCUGGCCCUCACGUGGGUGGGCAUGUUCCUCUGCACGGCCGUCUAUUUCCACGACUUGUCGCAGAAGGUGUUGGGCACCCUGUUCGGCCUGCUGGGCUGGUACGCCACCUACGGCUACUGGUACCUGAGACCGUUUUCUCCCGGACUUCCCCCGCGGGGGCCCGGCUCCGGCCUGAAGCGAGAGGGCCUCAGGGAGUAGGGGCCCGAGGAGGAGAGGACCGGGCGGAUCCGUUUCUUCGGCUCUCGGCGGCCCGAUUCCCGACGGCGUCGGGGAGAGGACGUUCGACUCUGGCUCCCUGAUCUCCCCUCCCUCUGGGCCCGAGGGCGAGUUCUGUCCCCGGCACCGUCUCUCCGCGUCUCGACGUCUGACUUUAAAAGCGGGUCGUCUCUUCGGCCUGAAUGUCCGUCUCUGCCACGCUGCCCGAGGUUUAUUUCAGGCGGACGGUCCCAGAGAAACAAACCGACAGCUAGGCGUUCUCCUUGUAAAAUGGGUUCUAAUCCGGCAGGAUGGGAAAUUAUCCUGUAACAGGCUGCUAAACGGAGACUCGAAACACCCGAUGAAGCUGGAGUUCCUGCGCGGACUCAAGCGUUAGAUAUCUUUCAGGUGAUGCAUCUCCCUCCCUCCAUUUGGAAAGAGCACGGGCCUCAGCCUUCAGAGGACCCGGGUUCUAAUGCCGCCCCCGCCA